AUGAAAGGUCCUGUCCUAACCCGCCUCCUACAACACCCUGAUGAGAAGGUCCUGCACUACCACCUCCUACAACACUCUGAUGAGAAGGUCCUGCACUACCACCUCCUACAACACCCUGAUGAGAAGGUCCUGUCCUACCGCCUCUUACAACACCCUGAUGAGAAGGUCCUGCAUUACCACCUCCUACAACACCCUGAUGAGAAGGUCCUGCACUACCACCUCCUACAACACCCUGAUGAGAAGGUCCUGCAUUACCACCUCCUACAACACCCUGAUGAGAAGGUCCUGUCCUACCACCUCCUACAACACCCUGAUGAGAAGGUCCUGCACUAGCACCUCUUACAACACCCUGAUGAGAAGGUCCUGUCCUACCGCCUCGUACAACACCCUGAUGAGACGGUCCUGCACUACCGCCUCCUACAACACCCUGAUGAGAAGGUCCUGUUCUAG